UGCUCUUCAAUUGCACUCUUGCAAUGUCCCGCUUGUUCUGUGAUGAAGUUUUACAGCUGUUAACUUUCUCCUCUCAUAUGUUUUGACUGUGGAUUCCUCAUGAACAUUGUCAUUUUUCGCGGCUUUGGCAGCUGAAUUAGCUCAUUGACUGAGCUGCGGAGAUACGCUCGAGCAGUGUUUAUGCUGUUGCCGUCAUGCGGUCCCAACUCACCCGGCAGGUCUUUCGAAGACUAUUGACCAACAGAGCCAUCAGCCACUACAACUGUCCCUGUCGCAUGCUCCAUUCUGGACGACGACCUUCUAAUUAUGCCGUCCUUGCCUCGCCGCCUCCCAGUUCAAGGCGGACAAUCUGGUGGUUUUCGCGCAACAAAUAUGACGAUGUGAAGACGGACCCAGAUACGGAUCCGGGAAUGGUCACCAUGUUUGAGCUUUCCAAUGCGAAAAAGAGGCAACAUAGGCCACCUCCGACACCAGAUCUUGUCAAGGCUUUCAAAGAUUUUUUUAGAAAUAAGCAACGCACACGCGAACCACUCCCUAAUAUGCAAGCGACCAAUGCUUGCCGCCUCUUCAAGCAUUUGCGGGAUACAAAUAUGGAAGAGGAGGGUUUCGGGUUGUCAUUAGAAGACUUGGUAUUAGCGAGAGAUGCUCUUACGCUCAUGCCCAGUAAGAAUGAAGACACAAGUGCCCAUAAUGAAUUGGCUCGACUGCUCUUCGAAGAGAUUAAGCGGCGAAAGCAAAGCGACCCUUCAGUGAGUCCCAAGAUUGGGCUUAAAGAUGCAGUUGCCUAUGUCAAGGUGCUAUGUCAUACAGGUGACUCCUUUGACGCGCGAGCUUUUGUCAAUGACUACGUUCUGGACCAACAGGGGCAGGAGACAUGGCGACUAUGGUCGUAUGUGCUGCGAGGGUUCGCACGGGAAGAUAAUGAGAAAGAGCUGUUACAAACAUUGGACCAGAUGCUUGCGCUGGGAGUUCCGUUUAAUGCUCAAAUUCACCAAACUACAACGAAAUACUACGCAUUGAAGGACAACAUCGAGCAAACCAAGAAAUGGUACGAGCGGAAGAUUGCUGCCGACGAAUUGCCGACCUAUCACACCAAUUCUAUAAUACUAAAGUUUUGUUUACGAAACAAUGAGAUUGAAUGGGGCAGAAAUUUGUUUUUCUCGAUCUUGGAAGGCAAUCCCUCUAAGCGGACAUGGGACAUCAUUUUCCAAUGGGCUGCGGCCAUGGGAAAGGGCGUCGAUGAGGUGGAGCGGAUGAUGGAAGUCAUGCUGAAGAGAAAUGUUGAGGAUCCAAGUAUUCGUCCAGACGUUGAAACCAUCAACGGCCUUGUCGAAUUUGCGAGUUCGCGCAAUGAUCCCUACAAUGCAGAACGAUAUUUUGCACUAGGCGAUCGAUGGGGCAUUGCUCCAAAUGCGAAGAGCUACAUACUUCAGACUGAUUAUCGCAUAGCAGCGGGAGAUUUGAGUGGAGCUCGGGCUGCAUAUCGGAAACUUCAAGGAGAAGAAAUCGCGCAGGGCGAGGACCUUCCUACGAUCAACCAGCUGAUUCGUGCGUUAUGCGCUACCAAGACAGUGGACUUUAACGCAAUUGUAGACCUUGUGGAAGAUCUCAACGAUCGAAAGGCUCGUCUUGAGCCGGAGACGGCGUCUGCGCUGUGCAAGUUGCAUCUGGAUCGCGAUGAAGUCAAUGAUGUUGUUGAUCUACUCCAAACGCAUUCUUUCUUCUAUUCGGAGGCUGAGCGGAUGAGCAUCGCGAACAUGCUCAUUGAUUUUUGCCUCGAUCGCCGCAACAGUAUCACGAGAAUCUGGGAGGCAUACUCUGUUGCACGUAUCAUUCUCAAUGAAUUACCAAUCGAGCCACGGACCAGGAUCAUGCAAGAGUUUUUUGACCGUCGUCGAUCCGACAUGGCAUGUCAUGUCUUUGGACAUAUGCGCCAACAUGUACGGGCAGACCGAAGACCCACCCUCGACACCUAUGUGGAGUGUUUCCGUGGUAUCGCCAGAGCAAAGGAUGCGGAGUCACUGACAAUGGUGCAUAAUAUGCUCAAAAUGGACAUGGAGAUUGAACCCAACACGCGCAUGCUUAAUGCCUUGAUGCUUGCUUACACGGCCUGCGAUAUGCCUCAUCAAAGCCUGGAAUACUGGGAAGAUAUUGCUAAUUCACGCGAGGGACCGACCUACAGUAGCAUCCGGCUGGCAUUCCUUGCUUGUGCAGAGUCACCACUUGGGGAAAAGCGCGCACAAUCUAUCUGGCAGUUUCUCAAAAAGCUGGAUGUUGCCAUUCCGCCGGAGAUAUAUUCGGCGUACCUAGCCGCCUUGGCCAAGCAAGGCUUAUUUGACGAAGUGGUAACGAUGAUUGACGACAUGGAAACAGAGACAGGGUCCAAGCCAGAUGCCUUGACGCUCGGUUCCUUCUAUAACGCUAUCCCUGGUGACGCCAACAGGGCCAAAGUACAAGCCUGGGGACUGGAGAACUAUCCCGAGGCGUGGCAGGAUUUGGUCAACCUCGGAAAGAAGCGAGGAAGAUAUGAUAUUCGUUUAUUCAAGAUCGAUCAGGAUGUGGUUCCAUAGCGACUGGGUUGUUAUUUUUAUUGAACAUAUGCUUGGAUUUUGGGGCUCUGGGACUUGUUCCCGGCUUAUCUCUUGGUCUGGUCCAUCGCCAACCGAGAUUUUUUUAUAUGUGAUAUAUCCAUAGAUGAUACGAUUGUUACGAUAACAGCAUUCCUGGCUGGGAAACUACGGGCUUUGAUUUCAGUGUAUAGUGUGAAUUUUAGACAGCAG